GGGUGGCGGAGGUGGAAGCAGCAGCGGCGGCAGCAGCAGCAGCAGUAGCGGCAGGCUUGGAGGGGCAGAUCGACGUAGAGGCUGUAGCGGCUGCUCUGGCACAGGCGCAGGGGAGUGGCAUGCGGGGAGUGGGGCAGCAGGUAGGGGUGGGCGGGAGGAGCGCGCUGGAGAGGCAGCAGCAGCAGCAGCGGGAGCAGCAACAGCAGAGGGAGCAGCAGCAGCGGGAAGAGGAACAGCAGCAGGCGCAGGUACAGCAGGGGCAGCAGCAGCAGCAGGGGCUGGGGGAAUUGGAGCAGAUGGCAGCAUCUUGGGCGGCGAUUGUCCAGCAGUCGGGUGAGACGGAUUCGUCGUCGCUAGUCGAGCUGAGAAACUCGUACAUUCAGCAGCAGCAGCUGCUGCUGCAGCAGCGGCAGCAGAGCCAGCCGCAAGCGCAGACGCAGCAGCAGCCACAGCAGCAGUUAGUGGCGGAGCAAGCUGAAUGGCAGCAGAACCAGCCGCACAGCAACCAGCAACAGCAGCAGCAGCAGCAGCAGCAGCAGUCGCAGGCAGUGCGACAGUCUCGGGCUCAGCAGGUGCAGUACCAGCAGCAGCAGCAGCAGCAACAACAGCAGCAGAUUCAGCAGCAGCAGCAGCAGCAGCAGCAGCAGCCGUACCGGCAGCAGCAGGUGCAGCAGUUUCAGCAGCAGGCGCAGCACCAGCAGCCGCAGCAGGAAGUGGCAGUACCAGAAGCCGAAGCUGGGCUCAUAGGCAUGGCAGGUGCAGAUGACGCCACCUUAGCCAGCCUGAGGCAAGCUGUGGGGGACGCAUGGCAGGGGUCAGGGUUUGGGAGCCUGGAGGCGAUCUGGCAGCAGGCGGGGCGGAGCGCAGUGCUGGGGCAGGGAGGGACGACAGGAGGCACGGCAGGGGGGAGGGGCAGUGCUGCUGGUGGCUCUGGAGCCGGGGCAGUAGCAGCAGGGGGGGAGUUGGGGCGGAGGCUGCUGCUGCUUUUGCCCAAUGCGCAUGCUGCGGCGGCGGCUGCUGCUGCUGCAGCAGUGAUUGCAGCAGCAGCAGGCAGUGCCGGUGUUGCUGCAGGGGGCGCAGCACAGCAGGACCUGCAGGGAGGGACUCCGGUGAUGAAUCUCAAUUUUCCAGUGGCCGAGGAUACCGCUGGGGCUGGUGCUGGGGGUGGCAGCAGGCGGGAGUCACGCCGGCAACAGCAGCUGCAGCAGCAGCAGCAGCAGCAAGGGCAGUAUCUGGGUCCCCAGAGGCAGCAAUCCUUGCAACCCCAGCAGCAGCAGCAGCAGUAUCUACGUCAGCAGCAGCAGCCGCAGGUGCAGACUCAGCAGCUGUAUCAGCAGCUGCAGGAACAGCAGCAGCAGACACAUCAUCACCAGCAGCAGCAGCAGCAGCAGCAGCACCAUCAGCAGCAGCAGCUUUUCGGUUCUACAGCAGCAGAAGCUGCUGGGUACGGGAACGUGCGACAAGAAGAGGUGCAGCACCACCAGCUGUACCAGCAGCAGCAGCACCAGGCGCAGCAGCACCACCAGCAGCAGCAGCUGCAGCAGGAGCACGAGACGGAGCAGCAGAGCACCCAGUGGCCCCAGUCCCUCCCCUUUGCCAACCUAGGCGGCUUGGAUAAUGACACCGAGCCUCUGCAGUUUGCUUCCCCGGCUGGUGCUGCCGCUGCCACUGCUGGUGCACACUCAGCAGCUAGAGCACUACAGCAGGGGGGGUUGCCUGCGACUGCUUGGGGUGAAGUAGCCUCGGCAUUGGGAUCGGUUUCAGGUGCUGGGGUAAAUAACCCUGUGCAUUUCAAUCUCGGGCAGCAGCUGGCGGGGAAUCGGGCAGGAGGGGAGGCUGAGUUUGACCGGGUGCGCCUGUGGGGGAAUGAAUGGGAUGGGGUGAACGCUGGGGCGAAUGCUGCUGCUGCAGUGGCUGCGGCGGCAGCGGCAGCAGGGGGAGGGCAAGGGGAGGAGAGUGCUAGUGCUGGCUUGCAGCAGCUGCACAAUCUGGCUGCAGCUCAGAAUCAGCUGCUUCAGUUCUCUCGGGCUUUUGGGGCGGUGGGCCCGUUUUCUCGCUAGUAAUUGAAUAUCCCCCGCUUUUUAGCAAGGGGGCUGUGACGUAGUGACGUUUAGUAGUUAGGUGUGUGCAAUGGGUUAACAUUUGGUUGACUGCUUGUUUUGGCUGGGAUGUUGCUUUCUAGGACUUUAGUGUGUAUUCUUAGAAUAUCGUUGUGUUAUUCUUCGUUUUAGCUGCUUGAUGUUUGAAGUGCACUUACACGU